UGUCUUUGUGAGAAUAUGGGAGAAAGUGUGUGUCCGUGUGUAGUGUGAUAGAUAACACGUGGCUGUAUAGAUGAGAGUGUGAGUGGACGUGUGUCUAUGACAGCAUUCGUAUAUGAGUGUGUGCAAGAUAUUUUUGUGUGUGCGUUUAUAACAGUGAGUGUGUAUGAUUGUGGUAACGUUUAUGUGUUGGAGAGAGCAUGUAAACGCGGAACCUACGUCUUUAGCUCACGUCGCAUCACUGAGUUGAAAAUGUGAGCGACAAGCAGCGAGCGAUCAGUACUCCUGCACCCAUACACAUAGGCAAACACUUUUGGAGUCGUCACUUUGGGAGGUGGUUCCAGAUCUUGAAAGAAAGAGGAGAACAUCGCCACAAACAGGGCAGCAUUUUCAACUCUGCUUUCAGUUCCUGACACCUGCCUGAAUGAUUGAUGAUGAUGACAGCAUAAUGUCUGGGCACUGGAAUGCCUCUGAAAACUACCCACUGAACCCAGCCAGCAUCAUAGUGCCCAUUGUCUUCUCCUUAAUCUUCUUGCUCGGGACAGUUGGGAACAGCUUGGUCCUCGCAGUGCUGUUCAGAAAUGGCCAGAUGGGGCACAACACAACCAACCUAUUCAUUCUGAAUCUGAGUGUGGCUGACUUCUUCUUCAUCAUAUUUUGUGUCCCAUUUCAAGCCACAAUCUACACGCUGGAAGGCUGGGUCUUUGGGUCUUUCAUGUGCAAGGCUGUCCAUUUCUUCAUCUACCUGGCAAUGUAUGCAAGCAGCUUCACACUAGCCGCUGUUUCAGUUGACAGAUACCUGGCCAUCCGAUACCCCCUCCGGUCGCGGGAACUCCGGACUCCCUGCAAUGCCGUUACGGUCAUGGUCAUCAUAUGGGGGCUUUCCAUCAUCUUUGCUGGCCCCUACCUCAGCUACUAUGACCUUAUCCCUUAUGAAUGGUUUUACAUCUGCAUGCCGGCAUGGCAGGAGCCCAGGAGGAAGAUCAUGGACACAUCCACUUUCAUAUUUGGAUAUAUAGUCCCUGUUGCAAUUAUAAGUCUGUCUUAUGCGAGAACCAUCAAGUAUCUCUGGACAGCAGUGGACCCAAUAGAACACAUAUCUGAGUCUAAGAAGGCUAAGAGAAAAGUGACAAAGAUGAUUAUAAUUGUGACGGUUCUCUUCUGUCUCUGCUGGCUGCCUCACCAUGUGCUGAUCCUGUGCUUUCACUACGGACACUUCCCCUUCAACCAGGCCACUUACGCCUUCAGGCUACUCUCCCACUGCAUGGCCUACGCCAACUCCUGCCUCAACCCCAUUGUGUAUGCCCUGGUUUCCAAGCACUUCAGAAAAGGGUUCAAGAAGGUCUUCAGCUGCCUGCUGAGCAAGAAAGGGGUGAACAAGGUUCACGUGGUUCAUGUGGUCAACAUGGUUACUGGUUCCACAGACGUCUCGCACCUGAACGACGAGAACACCAGGCAGCAUGGCUGUGAGCUGAGGGACAGGCAGCCCACUAAAGCCCAGGGUAAAGCCAUGACAAUCACCAUGCCGUAUCGGCAGACAUCUUGAAAGAAAAGUGCUGCUAAUGAACUCAUUUGUUUUCUGUCUCUCCUUGAAUUCUGUGUACUUAACUUCAUUGUGUCGAGUAUAAGUGUUCCUACUUGGUUCCUGUGUAAAUUAUUGUUGCAGACGAAUAUUGGCUUGUACCUGAGAAACAAGAGUGAACUAUUCCUUUGUCCACAGGAUGUAUCAUGGUAACUUGCCAAUGUUUCUUCCAUGGCUCAUCCCGAACACACAACCUCUGGCACCUCAAGCUCAAGGGCAGCGGUGCCCGGAACCACUUCCUUCUGAAGGUUUCCUCCAAGUCACUUAUCCUUCUGACUUGGAAAAGGAUCGCUGUUGGUUCGAAAUCCGAGAGCUCCCCUUUCUAACAGAACUGGUUCCCAGUGGUUCCACAAGGGUUAACAGACUGUGGGAGUCACUUGGUUCCCAGUGGUUCCACAAAGGUUAACAGAACUGUGGAAGUCACUUGGUUCCCAGUGGUUCCACAAGGGUACCUUAUACUGGGCAAUGACUACUGCUGGUGCAAGUGACGUGCCCAUGCCGUAACUGAAUACAUUAAAAAGGAAGCAUUUUCACAUUUUCAUUUUGAGUACUUCAGGUAUAAAUAUUACUACAAAAAUCAACUCAACUUACAAGCCAUCAUUGGCACUUUACGGUGAGAAACCGGUAGAUAGAAAAAAGCUGGUUGAAAGCAGAGUCAAAAACUAACAAACUCAUGGGGCGCCAUUCAUGACUUUCCAAAGUGCCUCAAAGCCAAUGAAGUGUUUUGGAGGUGAGGCACCUGUAACGUAGGUAAUAUUUGUAUGCGGAGUCCCAUAAACAGCGAAGAGUCAAACGAUCUGUUUUAGUAACACUGCGUGAAGUACAAACAUAGAUAGGACACCUCAUCUGUUCUUUUUCAGGAAGCAUCAAGAAGUAGGCUGAGUAUGGGCUAGAUUUAGAUCCUUCUGGAAAGACAGUUGCUUCAAAAACACACUUCCCCACCAGUGUUUUUGAGUGUUAGCCGAGAACACCAGAUCCAAUAUACGGAGUAGGUCCACACUUAAAGACACAGCCUCGGCUGACACCAAAUUUAGCUAGGUGGAAUCUCUUGAGUUGGUUUUAGAGGUAGCAAGAUGCAAAAUCUUGGAAGAGAAUUCCAGGGAGCAGGAAUGUGCAGGACUGCAGAAGCAAGGUGCAACAUUGCCAAGGAGAGACAUGGAGUUUAUACCUACUUGAAGAUCAGUGCAGGUUGGCAAGCAUUAGGGAGAUGACAACGUUGGACGUCGAAUAGGAACAGAUGGACUUUGUUAAAAAUUGCUUGUCCAUUAAAAAGGAUCAGAUUUAAUUCUUGAACAUUACUUUUCCAGAGCCACGUUCCAUUUCCAUUCACAGCUCUGCACAGUGUUGUCAUUGACCGUAUUCCUGCUGGAGAAGAAAACAAGAGAAAGCUUAGCAAAAAGCUAAUCAUGGCACAAAUCUAGCUUACACCAACAUGAGCAGUGAUGUGAUAUUUAAAUAUUUGCAGCUCACUCGGUCAAAACAAUCUUUAACUCCCUUCCUAUUACCAUUUUCUGUACUUCCAAUUCAUCACACCCCAUAGCAUUUCCCAGCUGUGGUGGGUGCUGAGGUUUUGUCUGUAUUUUUUUAAUGAUCCCCCUUUCAUCGGGCUGCUAUUUUCAACCCCAGUAAUUAUUGCCAGCUAACGAGGUAUUCGCACACUGAGCCAACAAUGAAUUAACUUCCAGACAUAACCAACCAGUGCUCCCUCUGCUUGGUAAAACAUGCAAUUAUCUCUCUCGCUGUGAUAAAGUAAUCUGAGAUUUGCUAAUCCUUUUUCUUUGAGAGGUUUAUGAGAACACUACAUCACAGAGAUAGCGAGAAGAGAGGAAAUAAAAAAAACACUAAGGAUAAAUGUUUUCCUUGUGGAUGCUCCUGUCACCUUGAUGAAUAGAUUGAGCCGUCUGAAUCUCCGUUUGUUACCCCCUCCGUGUUUCCCCCAAAACAAUGGUGGUGUUCCUUUACAUGGCACCCAUCAGCAUGACAUAUUGAGGAGCGAGACUUUGACAACAUUAGCAGCAGUGCCAAACUUGCACAGUCUCACCAACUGAUUUUCCAACUUCAAAAGAUAUUAGAAACGGAAUUUGUUCUGUAUCAUUGACUUACAGAUAUAUUUUAUAUUGUGUUUACUUUUCAACAAAUGAGUGUUUGAAAAGCAUGGUGGUAUUUAUGUAUUAUUUAUUGUUUCCCUGUAUGCAUUUGUGUUUUAAUGUGCAUUGUCUUUGCCUUUGUGUAGAUAUCAGUUACUUCCUGCUAUCUUUGUACUAUCACUGUGAGGUGUGGUGCUGCAUUUUUUUGAAUUGUGUUGGGAAUUAGUAUGGAUAUGAUAUCGCGAUUUGUGAAUAUUUUAUCAUUUGUAAUGUA